AAAACAAAAAAUGGGAUUGCCUACAUUCUUAUUUACAUUAUUCUUUGCUGCUAUAAUUUAUGUUUUCUUCAACAAUCAACGUAAAAAAUCAAAAAUUCCAAAUGGGUGUAUUCCUCUUCCAGGACCAACACCGCUUCCAAUUAUUGGAAAUUUACAUCAGAUUAAUAAUGUCCCCAUUCAAGAUUUUAUUGAUAGAUUUUCUAAAGAAUAUGGUCCAAUUUUUCAAGUUCAUUAUGGUGCAGAAACUUGGGUUAUAUUAAAUGAUUAUGAAAUUGUAAAAGAUGUAUUGGUGAAACGUAGUGCUAUUUAUUCUUCAAGACCUUAUAAUGAUGCUACUACAAGAGUUUAUUUUGAUGGAGGAAAAUCUAUAGGAUUCUCUCCGUAUGGAAAGUAUUGGAGAGCCAUGCGUGCAGUAUCACAUCAAGCACUCACACAAAAGAUGGUUAAUAUCAAUUAUCGUGACAUUAUACACAACGAAGUAAAAAAUCUCAUGAUAAAAUUUUAUGUUCGUUCUUCAGAAAGCUUUAAUCCGACCAAUGAUUUGAGAUUUUUUUUAAUCAAUUUACUUACCACCAUAUUAUUUGGACAAAAAUCUGAAAAAUUAACCCAACAAAUAGAACAAAUGGUUUCUGAAAUCGCUCAAAUUUUAAGACCAGAAAAUUGUACCAUUGAUAAGUUUCCGUGGUUGAAAUAUAUUCCAUUCGUGGAAAAGAGAAUAAAUAGACAUGCUUAUAAAGCAAGAGAUUUAGCUCGUGAAUUGUUUAAACAUUUACUGGAAGAUUUACGUCAAAAACUUAAAGAAAAUGAAAAUGAAAAUAGUUUUGCUGCUCACGUGUUAAAGAAUAUGAAUAUUUCUUCUGAUAUUGUUUCAAAACCUUACGAAGAUUCUUUGGAAAAUGAUGAUGAUGAAUUAAAAAAACAAUUUGUUUUUGAUGAAGUGGAUUUUAUGAAUUUAAACAAUUCUUUUUUAAUCGCUGGUGCCAUAACUUCACUUAAUUUUUUUCAAUGGAUCUGGGCCCUUCUUGCAAAUUAUCCUGAAGCGCAACGAAAAAUUCAAAAAGAAUUGGAUGAAUGUCUUCAGGGAAAUCGUUUCCAGACCCCUCAAGAUGAUUUAAAAUUACCUUAUCUUUGGGCUACCAUUAAAGAAAGUUUAAGAUGCAGGACGGGAAGUAGUACAUUAAUGAAACAUUCAACAACAAAAGAUGAUGUUUAUAGAGGUUAUUACAUUCCAGCAAAAGCUACCAUAAUGAUGAGUUAUAAAUCUGCACAUACAAGUGAAAAACUUUUUGAACGUCCAAAUGAAUUUUAUCCUGAACAUUAUCUUGAUGAGAAUGGUCAACUUAAGAAAUAUGAUGAUUUAAGAGAUCCUUGGACAUUUGGUAGAGGAAGAAGAGCUUGUGUGGGACAACAUCUUGCUGAAAGAAAUUUGAUUACAACAGUUGGUUAUGCACUAACUUUAUUUAACGUUGAAAAUGAUUAUGACUCAAUUACUGGAAAUCCCAUUAAAUUAGAUUUAAAACUUGUUGAUAAAAAACAACCUUAUAAAGUAAGGUUUGUUCCCAGACCUGGUGUUACUCUCGAAAAAAUUCUGCAAAUGAAUUAGGAUUUUAUUUUAUUUUGUAUAUCUUUUAUUAAAAAAAUUCUCUUUUUUCAUUGAAUUCAAGCGAAUAAUAACCAAAAUAUUAAACAGAUCCAUUAUAUGUUUAUUUGUUUCGAA